GUGAAUAAUGUGUGUUUGGAGGACGUGAUGCACGAGGAUGCGGUGGGCACACUGAAGAACACAGCAGAGGUGGUCUACCUGAGAGUGGCAAAGCCAAACAACCUGUACCUUACCAACUACAACCCACCAGACCUCACAAGCACGUACUCUCCGCAUCUGGACACAGACCUUGGACAUCCAAACUUCCUGGCUUCGGAUUACCCACAAGCCCUCACUCCCACCUCACCAAGCCGCUUUUCUCCUGUGCUGCAUGGCUUGAUGGGAGAUGACGACUUACCCAG